AUUCCAAUUGCCGCGAUAACUCUAUACAUAACAAGAAUGUUGGGUAAAAAGCUAGGCAAACGCACAGACAUUACUAUAGCAUCUACUCGAAGGUCUUUUCGUGUGGCAGAGUACAGAAAUGCUGCUGUUAUUAGUGACAAGUUGUCCUGGAUUCAUCUGAAAGAGAGUAUGCCUGAUGACACGUUGCCAGAGGUUUGCAACAGAUAUUCUUAA